AUGGCUCCGGCGACGGCGGAAACGGUGGCGGUGGCGGUGGCGGCGGCGGGGAGGGUGAAGACGGCGCUGGGAGUGGCGGCGUGCGAGCGCGACGCCGAGAAGCUGGAGCUGAUCGAGGAGCUGACCAAGGGCUUCGACGCCGUGCAGGAGAAGGUGCUGGCGACCAUCCUGGCGCGCAACAACGGCGCCGAGUACCUCCGCCGGCACGGCAUGGAGGGGCGCACGGACCGCGACGCCUUCAAGGCCCGCGUCCCCGUCGUCACCUACGAGGACCUCCGCCCGGAGAUCGAGCGCAUCGCCAACGGCGACCGCUCCAACAUCAUCUCCUCCCACCCCAUCACCGAGUUCCUGACCAGCUCGGGGACGUCAGCCGGGGAGAGGAAGCUAAUGCCCACCGUGGAAGAUGAGCUGGACAGGAGGCAGAUGCUCUACAGCCUUCUCAUACCCGUCAUGAACCUGUACGUGCCAGGGCUGGACAAGGGCAAGGGUCUCUACUUCCUCUUCAUCAAAUCGGAGACGAAGACGCCCGGCGGCCUCCCGGCGAGGCCGGUGCUGACGAGCUACUACAAGAGCGACCAAUUCAAGCACCGCCCCUACGAGCCGUACCUGGUGUACACCAGCCCCACCGCCGCCAUCCUCUGCACCGACUCCUUCCAGUCCAUGUACUCGCAGAUGGUGUGCGGCCUCCUGGCCCGCACUGAGGUCCUCCGCGUAGGCGCCGUCUUCGCCUCUGGCCUGCUCCGCGCCAUCCGCUUCCUGCAGCUCCACUGGAAGGAGCUGGCCCGGGACAUCGAGACCGGCACCCUCAGCGCCAAGAUUGUCGAGCCGUCCAUCCGCGACGCUGUGGCCGAGGUCCUCAAGCCGAACCCUGAGCUGGCCGCGUUCGUGGCCGCCGAGUGCGCCAAGGACGACUGGGAGGGGAUCAUCACUAGGAUGUGGCCCAACACAAAGUACCUGGACGUGAUCGUCACGGGGGCCAUGGCGCAGUACAUCCCCACGCUCAAGUUCUACAGCGGGGGGCUCCCCAUGGCGUGCACCAUGUACGCCUCAUCCGAGUGCUACUUCGGGCUCAACCUCCGCCCCAUGUGCGACCCGUCGGAGGUGACAUACACCAUCAUGCCCAACAUGGGGUACUUCGAGCUGAUGCCGCACGACCCAGAGGCACCACCGCUGUCCAAGAACGACCCACCGCCGCGGCUCGUGGACCUGGCCGACGCCGAGGUAGGCAAGGAGUACGAGCUGGUGAUCACCACCUACGCGGGGCUCUGCCGCUACCGUGUCGGCGACAUCCUCCACGUUGCCGGCUUCCACAACGCGGCGCCGGAGUUCAGGUUCGUGCGCCGCAAGAACGUGCUCCUCAGCAUCGACUCCGACAAGACCGACGAGGCGGAGCUGCAGGCGGCGGUGGAGAGGGCGGCGAAGCUGCUGGAGCCGUACGGCGCGACCAUCGUGGAGUACACGAGCGAGGCGGACGCGACCACCAUCCCGGGCCACUACGUGGUGUACUGGGAACUGAUGCUCAAGGACCGCCGCGACGGGCUGUGGCCGGAGGCGGCGGUGUUCGAGAAAUGCUGCCUGGAGAUGGAGGAGGCGCUCAACUCCGUGUACCGGCAGGGGCGCAACGGGGACGCCAUCGGACCGCUGGAGAUCAGGGUGGUGCGCGGCGGCACCUUUGAGGAGGUCAUGGACUACGCCAUCUCCCGCGGCGCAUCCAUCAACCAGUACAAGGCGCCCAGGUGCGUCUCCUUCGGGCCCAUCAUCGAGCUGCUCAACUCCAGGGUGCUCUCCAAGCACUUCAGCCCGGCCUGCCCCAAGUACGGCCCUUACAAGAAGUGA